CUCGGAAACACCAACCAGGUGCAGCGGCUCCUUCCUCCUCCUCCUCCCCGGGUUCCAUCGCUCUCAGCGCGGCGCUGUGACGGAAAACGCCGCAGUGAGCAGCAUGUCGGAGCUCUGAGCCGACCCUCCGCGCUGGUCCGGGCUUCAUGGAUCCCUCUCGGCCGGCCGGACAGUAGUCGGUCGCCGCAGCAGCGUCUCCUCUCCGCGUUCCCGCCGGGAUUCCUGCAGCUUCUCCGGAUGGCUGGACACGAGUUGGAAGACUGGUUCGAGCGGGAGGAAUUCAUCGGACAGAUCAGCGACAUCCGAGUGCAGAACCUGCAAGUGGAAAGAGAAGCGGUGCAGAAGAGGACCUUCACCCGAUGGAUGAACCUCCACCUGGAAAAGUGUGACCCCCCCCUGCAGGUCGAUGACCUUUUCCAGGACAUCCAGGAUGGACAUGUCCUCAUGUCUCUGCUGGAGGAACUCUCCGGCUGCAAACUGCUCCACGGCUUCAAGAAGUCGUCUCAUCGUAUUUUCAGACUCAACAACAUCGCGAAGGUCCUGUCUUUCCUGGAGGAGAGAAACGUAAAGCUGGUCAGUAUUGAUGCAGCUGAUGUUGCCGAUGGAAACUCCUCCAUCAUCCUCGGACUCAUUUGGAACAUCAUCCUCUUCUUCCAGAUUAAAGAACUGACUGGAAACAUCCGGAGCCAGUUCCCGUCUUCCUCUAGCCUGUCAUCCAUCCCGACCAGCUCCGACUCUGAUGCGUCCUGCAGCAGCACGCCGUCUGAGGAGAGACCGUCUGCAGCCGCCGCCAUGAAGGAGAACAGCAGGGCCAUCAAGAAACUGCUGCAGUGGAUCCAGAAGAGAACUCGGAGGUACAGCGUGACUGUCCAGGACUUCGGGAAGAGCUGGACCAGCGGAUUGGCCUUCCUGGCUGUCAUCAAGUCCAUCGACUCCAGUCUGGUGGACAUGAGGAAGGCUCUGCUGAGGAGUCCCAGAGAGAAUCUGGAGGACGCCUUCCGCAUCGCUCACUACAGUCUGGGAAUACCACGGCUGCUGGAGCCUGAGGAUGUGGCCGUUAACGUCCCGGACGAGCAGUCCAUCAUCAUGUAUGUGUCCCAGUUCCUGGAGCACUUCCCUGGGAUUGAGGAGCCGGAGGAGUCCUUCCAGCUGAUUGAGCGGAGCGUCUCCAUGGGCCGACUCAACUUUCAUGACGGUGACUUGGACCGUGCCCGGAACGGGGCUCCCCGCGGCCGGGUGAGGGGGCGGGCCUUGAUGUUCCAGAAGGACCAACCGCCUCCUAAGAUCCUUAUCUCCUCCAUGUCAGAGGACCGGAGCAUCCUGUCACCACGUCUACGGGUGGCCACCACUCGCUCCUGGUCUAGCGAGGACUUCCUAGCUGAUUCCCCCAACAUUGAACACGUCUCCAGUAUCCAUGGAAACCCCCAAAUUCCGGACUCAGCCUGUGAUUCCCCUCAGCAGGCGUUUGCUCGCUCACCCGAGUCUGGAAACACUGAGUCAUUGAUCUGUGACUCGGCCAUCAACUCGCCGGACUCAUGGGUGGAAAGUGAGAUGACUCUCGACACUCGCAGUGAUGGGUCUUUGUGGGACACCAGAGCAGAUCUGUACCGGGCCACACCGGUGGAGGUCACCACCCUCGAUGAAGGAUUCAUGUCGUCCCUGGAGGAAAGAGUUCCUGACGAGUCCAUUAGUGGUUCCUACAUGGAGGAAGAGAUGUCCUCACUGGACAAGAACCAGGAGGAACCAUUGAAAGAGAAGGACACACACCUGCAGAACCAAAACCAGGACCAGGUACCAGACCAGACACUGGAUCUGAGAGAAACAGACUCUGAAACGAUGGAAGGAGAUCCAAUUCAACAAGACAGAGUGCCAACAGAACCUGCUCUGACACUCUGUAAGGCAGAAGGUUGGACCAGAACCAGUACUGAAGACAUGGAUCCUGAUCAGGUAAAUCAUAUCCAGCUGGUCCUCUCCCCCGUGGCAGAGAUCUUUCACAGAGAGGAACCCGACGGAGAAGAACCGGAUGGAGCAAAAACCUAUCGGACUGGGAGUCAGUCUGAGCCUGGACCUCCUCAAGAUGGAAGAACCGGGUCAGAACUUUUAGAGGAAGGAGAUAAACGAGGUGAUGAAGGAACCAGAAGUUUCAAGGACCAUGUCUUAGAUUCAGCCAAACAUAAACCAGGACCACAGUCCAGUCUCAACAUUCCUCUGAUCUCCAUCUCGACUGAGCCUGACGACCAGAACCAGGAGUCUGGUGGAGAGGAUAAAGGUCUCAGCAGUUCAGAUGGACAGAACCAAAUCUGCAGGGAAGGUGAUGACAGGGUCAGAUCUGAGGAAAUUUCCUGUCCGAUAUCAGAGAACACAGAACCAGAACCUUCAGAACUGGUGAGAGGCACAGAGACCCAUCAUGUGGACGAGACUGAUAAACACGACGGCAGCUACUGGACCCACUCCACAGGAGCCAGACACGAGACCGGUUCUGGCCACGACGGUUCUCAGACAGAAAGUGAUGUCACAGCUCCACCUACUUCCAAGGCUGAAACUUCUGACCAGGACCAAGGUCCAAACCAUAAAUCUGACCGACAUCAGGACCAACCCACUGAUGCCUUGCAUCACAGUGAGACUGAAAACACCCAUCAGAACCUUCUGGAUCCAGUCGACUCCCAGCAGAACCUUCUGGGUCCAGAUGACACCCAGCAGAACCUUCUGGAUCCAUUUGACACCCAGCAGAACCUUCUGGAUCCAGAUGACACCCAACAGAAUCUGCUGGAUCCAGGUAUUUUAAAGCCGAAUGGUCAGAUAGUGACCUCAGGUUCGGAACCUGUCAGCAUGGACCUGUUUUACUUGGACUUUGAUCAAAGUUCUCCCUCAGAGGACCUGGUUGGUGACCCGGUAGAACCCAUGGAUCUGUUCUACCCUGAUAAAGAGGAGCUGGGCUUUCCAGAACCCCCUGACACUGACAUGCAGAGGUGGCCUUCUGUUCUGAGCGUCUCUGCUCUCCAGCCAGCGCCGGUCUCAGAUGCUGACCCGGAGGACCACAGACCGGACCUGAUGAAGGAUCAGGAGGAUGUGAAGGUGAUCUGUCAGACCAGUGAGGAGUCCUCUGACCCUUCUGCAUCCCUGGAGCAGUGCAUGCUGUGUGGGGUGACGAUCGGGGGGCUGCAGGGUGGAGAUGUUCCAGCAGACGGUGGAGAUCUCAGAGACUCUGAUGGAGAAGGAAUGGAGUCGGUGAGGAGGGACGCAGGAAGUUCCAGCAGACCAGAAGUAAUCCAGAUCCCCCCGGUUCUCCGGCACAGGAAGGGGGCUCACCUCACUGAAUCCACGACCCAUCAGAGAGCUGCACCCAGAAGAGCUCACAAUGAGGACUCUGACUUCUGGGAGAACCCGGAGCUGUAUCUGCUGCUGCUGCUGUGGCUGCUGCUUUAUUCCUUCUGGCUGCUGCCACAGAUGGACCUGAAGACACUGCCGAGCCUGCUGCUGAACCUGGACCGCUGAACCCGGACCCCUAAACCCGGACUGCUGAACACACACCCACACACAGGUCAACUGCCACCGUCCUCUGCACCACUCUGGCUGCACUCUAAGACUAAAUGAAGGAUUUUAACGUUUGUUUCUAACUCAGAGUGUUUGGUUUUUCUUUUUCUUUGUGAGAAUUGUGGUGAUAUUUUUUUUUUUUUCCCAGCUGAUGUGUAAAAAUGGAGUGGAAAAAAUGUAAUUUACAAAGUUUGAAUAUUCUGUAGAGCUUCUGGACUAAAGUUGCUGCUGUAAAUAUUAGAAAUGAUGAUUUCUGAAGAAUCUAUCUGCAGCUCUCUGAGGAAAGCUAAAAUUAUUAAAAUUAAGUUGUAAUUUUACAGGAAAAAGUCAACAUUUAUCUAUGAUGGCACCAGUGAGGAGUUCAGGGUGCCUAGAUAAAAACAUUGUCACGUUUAAUCAAAUGCUGUAUAACAUGAAUUAAUUUUGUUUUUCCUUACACAUACAACAGCUGGAAAUAUCCUGUGAGAAUAUAAACAGGACCAUGUUCGGUUUUUUUCUUUCUUCAGUCACUGCUACCUGAAUCUCGGCUGCACAUGAGGUUAAAAAAUCUGGCAGGGUUCGCAAACAUUCAAACACAUCUGGAAACGUUUAAGUUUGUCUGAUCAGAACCGUACGGGACAGCAUCUCCGUCCAGAAUCACCACAAACACAAAGUUCUGGAUCGGUCUACAGGACAGCAAACAUCAGCGUUACGGCCCAUUUAAGCUCAACGCACUGUGGACAGUUUCCUCCGUCUUCUGCAUCGGUUACGAGCGUAAUUUGGUCCGUUUAUAGGGAGCUUGAUGCAGAAAACGGAGCAAUACCACCGGAAAUCGUGGGGGCAGUGUUGAGCAGAAUAACUGCCGUGUGACCAGUAAAAGAAACAAACCAGAGAAGAAGAAGAGGAUCAGGAAGGGGAAAAAAAGCAGAAAGAAUUGAAGACAAGCACAACUGUAUAAAUUACCUAAGUUUUUGAAGAAAGACUAUAUGCGAAUGUUAAUGGCUUGUUGGGCGGUUGGAAACAACUUCAUAGCGACGCGUUACCGCUGCUAAACGGUGUCUGAACCUGACGUUGCAUCGCAAGUGUUUGCAAUGUGUCUAAACUUUGCAAUUCAACAUAGACCAUUUAUGCUCCCUUUUCAUAUGAAAAGAGUUGUUUUCUGUUUCAUAUGUCCCUGCCCUCAUACUUCCAUGCAUUUUUGUUGGCAUGGUUGUUAAUAAUUCACUACAGGGCAGUGCUGAGUUCAGAGUUCACCUCCGACUUUUAACAUCAGUUUCAAACAAUAGCAAACAGGACGAGAUCGUGAUAAUGUUCAUUCUCGGAAAGAGACAUACAAGGAGGGAGGUAGCGCAGUAGACCGCGGUGGCCUGUACUCAUCAGCUAUACUGCUCAAUACUGUCCCCAUGAUUUAUGAUGUGUCCACAUGAGCCCUGGAAAUUAACCAAAUUACUCCCAUCAUGGAUUCAGAAGACGGACUCAAGGCUCUGUAUCCGUUUUUAUUGUAGAGCAUAAAUGUGCCUUUACUCGAACAAACCUAUACUUUUACAUCAGGCAUUCCCCUCCCUGCCAGACAUGGCGCUGUGUCAAGAAUUAAUGUGUCUUUUGCCACAUAACAGCAAAACCUCAAAUCCUAUCAGUCAUGGGUUUAGAGUUCAGUAUUCACGCCUCCCCAAGCGAACGAGCAAAUGAACUGGAAUAAUCUGUAAUUCAAUCUGCAAAUUAAAUGAAGAGUUGUAUAAUUUGAUGUUGCAGCUUCAGUCCAGCAUUUUUACCAAUGUACUGAUAAAUCAGGACUUAAGAGUUAUAAUGAUGCCAUAUUUUGUGACUCGGACAGAAAAUUCAUUUGCAGGCGACUUCCUGUGUAAAUCAGCAUCUUUAUUCCAUCUGAGAGCAGGAUUUCCUCUCCUCAGGUUUAGAUCCUGUAAUAUGAAGUAGGUCUCAGUUCACAUCCUUUUAGACAUCGUCUGACUCUUCAUCAGCAC